AUGUUAUUCUUUCUCAUUUUUCAUGGAAUUGUGGUUUUUGGUGAACGUAAGUUAAGAAAAAAGACAAGAAAUGAGAAAUGUUUCAUUAUCAUAAUUUUACAGUCAGUCAUAUAUUGUCCGUUUGGAAAUGAGAUUCACCCCGCGAAAAAAUAAAUUUGAAUUUGAGAAAAUCUCUAAUUUCCCCCUACGUCGCGGUCGCUUUCCCAUACAAAACCCCCGUUGGCUGUUUGCCAGCGCACUCUCUCGCUGUCUGCGUCUCCUGCAGCAAAUUCCAAUUUAUUUUUUCGCGGGGUGAAUCUCAUUUCCAAACGGACAAUAUGUCCCGAUGGAGACAGAUCAUAUGAAUUUCCACCUUGUUAUUCUCAUAAUUCUUUUGAAUAUAAUAAUAAUAAUGGGAGAAGUUUCUGUUGUAGUAAGUGAUUGGAAAGAAAACUCUCAUAAUUUCUCUGGAAUGUUUUUUUGAUCGACUCGAAUAUUUAAUUUUUAAGAUAUUUGGUCUUUACAAUGCACAGCUUAAAAAAAAGAUUUUUUUGUGACCGUGAUACGGUAUGCAUCGGUGUUUGCAGACAAGAGAGACCUUGUCUGUUUCGAACAAAAAAAAACACACAAAAAACUGUGCGGCAACAAAAAACACGCGCCGCACAAACGACAAGCGGCACCGCCCACUUUUUUCUUUUUUUUUCUGGAAAAAAAAGGGAAGCCCGUAACUAAAGUGUUUAAUGUAUUUUCUUCUUUUUUUUAGCUGUGCAAUGUCCUGGUGGAGGAUAUGCUGUUCCAAAAAGAAAAAGUAAAUGUGAGAAACUUCUAAUACCUAUGAUGAGAUAUGACGGACAAGAAGUUUGUUGUGGUAAGUUUUAAAAAAAAUGUGUGUGGAAAUGUAUUUUUCAAUUUAGCAACACAUUGGCUCGGAUGUCCUGGGCUAAUAGUGGAAUCACUGCCGUGCAAUCCGAAUUAUUCUUAUGAACGUGAAUUUAAUUUACAAAACGAACAUAUGGAAUAUCGAGGUCCACUUUGUUGUAGUAAGUUUGUUUUGCUGUAUCAAUUGUCUUUCAGAAACUUCGGAAUAACUAUUGUUUUUUUUAAAGUGUUACCUAUUCAUGGUUGUCCCGGAAGGGGACGUGAACACCCUCCCAAAAAUAAACCAUGUGCAGCCAAUCAAUAUCUUUAUCAAUUUGGAGAUCAAGAAGCCGAUAAAUUGUGUUGCUGUAAGUUAUAGUCGAAAUUGAAAAAUGUGGAAAACCCGUGCAGAACUUAAUGGAUGAAAACAACUGAACUUCGUCAGUCGCGUGCGGCUGGGUCAAAGCGCCACACGCCUUUUUGAAACAAGGAAAAUUUGCAAAUUUGAAGAGAAACUGAGAAAAAGACAAAUCGAACUGCAAAAUUUUUUCGCGCUGCAAUACCAGUCAAAAAUGUAUUCAUUUUCAAUUUUUUUUUCACUUUUUCGGCUGGUUCUUUCGCCUUUCUCUGCUUGUCGCCCCUAAAAAUAGAUCAAAAAUACGGAAUUCGAGAAGAAAAACCGUAGGAAAAAGUUUAAAAAAAUGGAAAAUGAAUAAAUUUUUGACCGGUAUUGCAGCGCGAAAAAAAUUUGCAGUUCGAUUUAUCUUUUUCUCUGUUUCUCUUCAAAUUUGCAAUUUAAAAAGGCGUGGCCAAAACAUGUAAAACUACACAUGUUUUUGUGAAACAUGCGAUUUUUUCUGGCACAUGUUUGGAUCUGACCCAUGUGAACUGACAAAUGUUUAAUGGAUCUAACAAAUUAUGUUUUUUCAAUAGUCUAUUUUUCUUGCGAUGAAAAGCUUUCGAGUUAUUUUCAAUUAUCGCCCGCUAUUUAUAAGCUCCUACUUUUUGAAAAAUUGAGAAAAAUGAAUAAAUCGGCCCAGAGAUGUCUGGUCUCAAAAUCAAUAGGAUCAUCACGAAUAAAUCAUUUCAUCACGUCCAUACAAGGCGCCCGUUGAGUCAGACGCGAGACGACGAGAGUAUUUUGCAAAAAUAUACCGAAAAUGAAUUUCGCUUCGAGAUAUUUUCAAUAAAACAUGUGUUCCUUGAAACAAAAUACGGUAUUUUUUCAAAGGGACACAUAUUUUCUCAAAAAUAUCUCGAAGCGAUGUCUUUCUCUGUCUCAGAUGACGUCAUCAGACUCCCGUCGUCUCUCGUCUGACCCGAGGGGCAAUUUUCUAUUGGAGUAAAUGGUCGUGUCAUCUUCGAUUUUUUGAAAAAUUUUCAAUCUGGCCAUUUUUGUAGUUAUCGCACGGUUCGACAAACAAUAUUCAUUUAUUCCAUUGAAUAUUUGUCAGAUCGCAUGGGUCAGAUCCAAACAUGUGCCAGAAAAAAUCGCAUGUUUCAGAAAAAUGUGUAGUUUUACAUGUUUCAAAGCAAUGACCGUGCGGCUGUGCGGCGCGGUCGGAAAAGAAAGGAAAAAAAAUGAAUUAUUGAUUGUUUUCCGACCGCGUCGCACAGACGCACGCGACUGACGAAGUCCAGUUGUUUUCAUUAAUUCAGUGCUGCUCUGGUUUUCAUUUUUUACGGCGGCCACAUUUUUCAAUUUCGACAAUGUUUAGUGAAUUGUUGAAAACGUAUUUCAAAAGAGCAAUAAAAUGCCGUGAUUUCAGCUAUCGAUAUUAUAAAAAAAUGUCCUGAUGGAAGCACUCCUCAUAAUUCACCAUGUAAAGAUAGCGACUACGAGCAUAUUGAUGAUCAUAAAUUUUGCUGUGGUAAGUUAACUAGUUCAAGAGUGAUCAUAACUUUUGAUAUUGGUUCACAGCGUGUGUUUUACAACCCGAAAAAUUCCGCGCAUUUUUUUGAGAAACAUUUGAGGUCUAGCGGUUUGACAUUGUAAAUUACACACUGUGCCAUCUUCAUCCCAUAUUUUAAAAAUCAACAACGCAAAUAUUUUCUACAGAGCUCUCUGGAUAUAAAUGUCCACUUAACGAUAUUCCAACCAAUGGACCAUGUGAAGCAGAAAAGUUCCUUUUUCAAUUUGAACAGGGACCAUCAUUUUGUUGUAGUAAGUUUUGAAUGUUUUAUUCAUCACUUAUUAUUAUAUUAGAUGAUGUGAAAUGUUUGAAUGAAAAACAUCCAACCCAUCUUCCAUGUGCAUCAAAUCAAUAUGAACGAGAAUUUGAUUCUUCACGAAAAACUUGUUGUGGUAAGAAAUGAUUUUUGAAUGGAUUCUUUCUGUGAAUAGCGAAUUUCAGAACUUGCUGAAUUGAAAUGUUCGAAUGAAGAAACACCAGAAAAACAGCCAUGUACACCGGAAAGAUAUUUAACUGAUUUGGGAGUAGAAGGAAAUGAACAAGUUUGCUGUAGUGAGUACUAUUUCAAAUGAAAUAAAUUCAGAUGACCUUAAGGUCUCCUGGGAAUUCCCACAAAACUUCAAGAAUUUGUUUGCAGAGCUCGAUGAAUUGAAAUGUAUUUCUGGAAAAAAUCCAACCAACGAACCGUGUAAUGAAACUCAAUACAGAACACAUUUGGGACAUGCAAAUGUUUGUUGUGGUAAGUCUUAUUUCGCAUUUUUGGAGAUAUAUUAUCGAAAAUCUCAUCGGUACCACGCGCUCCACCGAAAUAAACACGCAACGCAGACCGCGCCGCGCCACAACACACACACACACAAAAGGGAGGGAAUUUGAAUGGUUCCCUUUUUUGUGUGUUGUGGCGCGACGCGGUCUGCGUUGCGUGUUUGUAUGAGAUUUUCGAUAAUAUUUAGAUAUCACAUCUUUUAAAAUUCCAGAGCUUGAUGAAUUGAAAUGUUCGAAUGGAGAAACACCUCAAAAACAACCGUGUACUCCGGAAAGAUAUUCAACUAAUUUAGGAGUAGAAGGAAAUGAGCAAGUUUGUUGUAGUAAGUCUAUUUUUCCCUUAUUCGUUAUUAUCAAAAAAAACAUUUUCUACAGAACUCGAUGAAUUGAAAUGUAUUACUGGAGAAACACCAACAAAUGCACCAUGUAAUGAAAAUCAAUAUGAAGAACAUUUGGGAUAUGCUGAUGUUUGUUGUGGUAAGAACAGUCGACUUAAUCUAACUACGCUCUUAAUUAAAUACAGACUUUAAUAAACUCAAAUGUGCCAAUGGAAAAGUUCCGACUAGAAAACCGUGCGUUGAGAAUCAAUAUGAAACAAAAUUUGGGGAAAAUAAUGAAUUCUGCUGUGGUGAGUGAAGUUUUCUGAAGAUCUAAAUUCAAACUCGAAAUCACAGAUACGGAAAACAUGAAAUGCCCAAAUGGUGAAUCACCUCGAACAAAACCAUUGAAUGAUGAAGAAAUUGGAAUGGAGAUAAUCACGGGUCAGAAGCUUUAUUGUGGUUAGUGCAAGUUCUCAAAUCUAUUUUUUCUCUUUUCAACUUUUUAGAUCCAUUUUUCGAAUGUCCGAAUGGAAUUGCAUCAUUUCACGAUUCACAAACUUGGUCAAAUUGUGGAAAAAAUGAUAGAAAUAUCAAACUUCGUUUAGAUUUUCACGAAUCGUUCAAAAGUGCUUUAUUAUGUUGUGGUAAGUUCAAAAUUUGAGAGAGUGAAAGACAAAAGAAAACAUUUCGAAAAACUAUCGCAAGCCCAAUAUGCGCAGUCUGAAAGCCUGCGCCUAAUUAUCAAUGGAGCGAACUUCCAUUUUUACUUUUAUUUUGCGCAGAUUUUUUUUUUGAAAACCUUUUGAGGGAAGUUAUUCCACUUGAAACAUGAAACGAUUUCAAAAUAUGGAAGUUCGCUCCAUUGAUAAUUCCUUCGUUGUCUUCCACUCUCUCAAUAUUUCGAAAUAUUUCGCAUUUCUCCUAAAAUUCAAUAAUUUUACUUACAGAAGACGUAAAAAGUUGUCAAAUCACGCAAUCCACUUAUAAAUUUCUAACUAAUGAAGAAAAUGAAUAUGGAUUGACUAAAUCACUUUUGCCAAAUCAAGAAAAUAAUGGAUAUAUUCAUCAAGUUAUCAAAAAUAGCGGAAAACAGCAAUUUCUUUGUCGUAAGUUUUAUAAAAAUGAUCUUAAAAAUUAAUUUGUGGUAUUUUGAAGCUAUUCCAAUUGGAAAUAUUUGGUUGGAAAUCUAUAAACCUGUUGAAAGUCAAAAAAUCCCAAAAGAAUAUUUGCCAGUUGAUUUUAUUGAUAUGAAUCAGGAGAAAAGUUUGACGCCGUGUCAGAAAAAUAUUGAUUGUAAAGGUCCGAAUCAGUUUUGUGGGGAAUAUACAAGUUUUGCUGAAGAAGAUGGUGAAACUUUGAAAUUCUGCUAUCAAAGUGAGUUUUUCUCAAUUAUUUAAAACGAUUCAAUAUUAUUUUCAGAUCCAACAAUUCCAGCUUCAAAUAUCUCAAAAGCAUUUCAAAUAUCGAUUGAUUCACAGAGUUUUGGUGUUCAAAUUUGUGACAAAAAUGAAGAUUGUUUGAAAAAUGAUAGAAUUUGUUGGAAAAAUGGGAAAACGUGGAAUGGAAAAAGUGGAAUUUGCAUCGAAAGAAAACCAAUCGCAUUUAUUUAUUCAAGAAUUUUUGAAGAAAAUUCAAAUUCUGAUCAUUUUUAUUAUGCGGUUGAAUUGGAAAAUGGGUGGAAAAAUCGAGAUUUGUUGAAGAAAUGCGAGAAAAAUAAGGAAUGUGAUAUUGAAAAUGGACAAUUUUGUGAUAAUAUUAUUGGAGUAAAUGGGGAAAAAGAUUUGGAGAAUAAAUAUUGUUUCAAAAGUGAGUUUUUGAGAGGGUAAAAGAGUAGAAGUACUUCCACGUGGCGAAAAUCUGGUCACCAGAUCUAAUUUCCAGCCUUGAAAUCUCCAUCACCAAUCAUAAAACCAACAAUUAUUCCAUCAAAUUCUGGACUUAUUUCAUGUCAAAAUUGUGAAUUACCAUCAUUUUGUCAUCAACAAAAAGAAUUGAAAUAUCUCGAUUUUUCGAAUGGAAAAAUGAUAGAAACUUCGGGAAUUUGUUGGAAAAGUCAAAAUUGUGCUGAUCAACAAACUGCAUUAUUUUUGGAACCAAAAUGUCAAAAUAAUGAAGAUUGUCUGAAAAUACAAAUUGAUUCGAAUUGUCAAAAUGGACAUUGUUGUCCACAAGGUUGGUUUGGACCCUUUUUUUCUGAAUUUCAGGCUUCGAAAAUCCAAAACCCCCUAAUUUUUUCAGCAAAACUCUCAGCAGAUGGAAGUUUUUCAAAAGCCAAACAUCAUUAUAUCACUCAAAGACCGUGCAAUUCAACAUAUAAUUUUCAAAUCAAUUUUCCAAAUAGUUUUUGCGAUCCAAAAUCUUUGAAAAUUGUUGUGAUUGGAGAAUUGUCAGAACAUGGAGAAAAAUUGAAAUUAUCAUCGAAUUCCAAAAAAUGUGAGAGAAAUAUUGAUUGUGGAGCUGAAAAUGGAGCAGAAGUUUGUAUUUUUGAUGGAAAAAUUGGGCAAGGAAAAUGUUAUUUAAAUCCAUUGACUUAUAAAAAUCCACCUGAUGAUUUUCCAAUUUUGGCUGUAAUUAUACCAAUUAUCGUAAUUAUAGUUGUUUUGGUAAUUGCUGGAAUUGUUGGUUAUUUGAUUUAUAAGAAGAAAUACAAGAAGAACAAGGAAAAUGCACAAAAAACUGAGAAAUCUGUAACGGAAAAUGAGAAAAAAUCCGUUUCGACUCCAAAAUCUCCGACUGUUUGA